AUGGCUCUCUUGAAGCUGCAGUCUGCACUGGAGAAUGCUUUGGGCGGGCUCAGCCUGGAGGAAGGCACGGAUGAGGGAGAGCACGCGGAGUCCCAAUUGUCUGCAAGGCCCAGUGAAAGAAGGGCCGACGAGGAGGAACUGGUUGUGAGAGGCGGAAAGGGAAGCACAGCCAUGUGGAACACCCGGAUGCCUUCUGUAGGAUACUGCAGCACCGCCUCCACAACGCCAUUGGCAAGUGCUGGAACGUCAGCCGGGUCUUAUGCUCAAGAAGGCAGAAGUGGAGAGCUCACGCCAUCAAUGCAGGAAAGAGCAAGGGAAGAGUUGCUGAGUGCUCCAGGGCAACAUGGUUUGCUGCCAGGAGGCCUAGGCCAUUUUCGUCUUGGCACCAGCUGUCUUCAGUCCGCCACAGGGCCGUUGGAAGCCUUGCCAAUUGAGCAGCGGAUAGAAGAGGCUGAGGCUGCGGAGGCCAAGCUGCAAGCCGAUUUAGUCGGCUUGGGCUCGCUGAGAGAGACGAGCAAGGCCAUUUCGUCUACAUGUUCUACGUCAAGUCUCUGA